UAUCAAGAUAAUUCGUUGCUAUCAGAAAAAAAAAAUGUGAGACCCACUCCGGUGUCAUGGCAACAAUUUAAUGUCCAACAUCAAUAAGGCUGUUGGGGAUCACAAUGACACCCUCCCUGAAGUAUCAUCGCAGGAAGAGCCUGACCCACUCACCACACUCUCUCUCCUACUUAUUGGUAUUUUCUUGUCACUGCUCAUUUUCCUCUCGAUAGCGGGCAACAUUUUGGUGUGCGUAGCAAUCUACACCGACAGAGGCUUGAGGAAAAUUGGUAACCUCUUCUUGGCCUCUUUGGCAAUAGCAGAUCUCUUCGUUGCAGCAUUGGUUAUGACCUUUGCUGUUGUCAACGACCUCCUCGGCUACUGGCUUUUUGGCCCUCAGUUUUGUGACACCUGGAUAGCAUUUGAUGUCAUGUGUUCUACAGCUUCCAUUUUGAAUCUCUGUGCAAUCUCUCUAGACAGAUAUAUCCAUAUAAAGGAUCCAUUAAGGUAUAGCAGAUGGGUGACCAAAAGAGUAGCCAUAUUCUCAAUUGCAGGUAUUUGGCUCCUAGCAGCAUUAAUUUCUUUUGUACCGAUCUCAUUGGGCCUCCAUCGACCACCACUGCCACUAGUUUACCACGCUGGAGAUUUGGAGUAUCCAACUUGUGCCCUAGAUCUGACACCUACUUAUGCAAUUGUGUCAUCUUGUAUCAGUUUCUAUGUGCCCUGUAUUGUGAUGUUGGGUAUUUAUGCACGCCUAUACUGUUAUGCUCAGAAACAUGUUAAAAGCAUUAAAGCUGUUACAAGACCAUUGACCUCACCCUCUAUUCCAGCAGUUCAUCCUUCUUCCUCUCCUUACCAUGUGUCUGAUCACAAAGCUGCCAUUACAGUCGGUGUUAUUAUGGGUACCUUCUUACUAUGCUGGGUUCCUUUCUUUUGUGUAAAUAUUGUAGCAGCAUUUUGCAAAACAUGCAUUCCUGGAAUGGCCUUCAAGAUCCUCACAUGGCUGGGAUAUUCCAAUUCAGCAUUCAAUCCAAUUAUUUACUCUAUAUUCAAUACUGAAUUCCGUGAAGCUUUUAGAAGAAUACUCACUGCACAUUACCCUCCAUGUUGUUGCAAAGGUUAUUCAUCAGUCACCAUAACUCUUGGCGAAACAAAACCCAGAAUCGGAGAUCAGAUGAAACAAAAUGGGCGCAGAGAUUUUUCCCCCCGAUCGUCAGUAGGCUCCUUACGUCAAAUAAGAGUAAACUCAACAGAUAAGGUAAUGAAUGAAGAGAUAUCUGCAAUAUGACUGAGAUAAAAAAUAAAAAAAUAAUGUUGUACUCAAACAUUACAAAUGAUAAUGAGUGCCAUAACAAUCAGAGAAAAAUAUUUGUUCCCUGUUAAAACAUUGAGUGAUCUCAAUAACAUUUCAUUAUUUUAUCACAAGAAUCUCGGCCUAGUGCUUACACUAGACAUAAAAUUCUCAUUAUUUCUAAUUAAAUGAAGACAUACUAACUCAUAGGAAUACUCCUUACUUGAUUAUAUUCGUCUUUCAAGAUAAUAUCAUAAAUUACUUCCAAGCAAUAAACUAAAAGAGAAACGUUAUAGCAAUGGAAAGGUUAGAUUAUGUCAUUUGCACUAUAAUGUUUUUCAAAAUUUAUAAACAUGGCAGUAUGAUUCCUAACAAGGGUUAAUUUAAUUUUUAUGAAUACGUAAAUUUUUCUAAACUAAUUAAACAUUUUGUUAAUUAUAAAUAAUAUAAAUAUAAGUGAUUGCUGAUAAAAGACAAAAUCAAAUUAUACUUAUACUUAAAUUAUAUUUAUUACAAAUUUAUAUUUUAUAAAAAAUUAAAUAUUAGUAUUUUAAUUCAACUGAAUAAAUAAGUUACCAAAGAUUUUAAGAUAAGCUGAAAAUGAUAGAUCUGAAAAUUUUAUUCCAAGGAAAGAGCUUUGGGCUAAUCAUGAGAAAAAAAACUGUAUAAAUACUAUAUCUAGUCCAAAAAUCCAAAGACUAAUUUUAAAUUACAAUUAGAACCAUUAAUUUAAUAUCACACCCAUUCAAUUUUAAUCUUAAAAAAAUUUGUACUAUGUAAUCAUUUCUCAACACAAGUUAAGAUCUUUGAUAUCUAAUAAAUGUUCUGAAGAAAAUAUUUUUCAUUUUAAAAAGUAUAAACAGUAGCUUCUCCACUAUCCAGGGUUGCAUAGAAUUAAGAAAUACUUUAAUGAUAAAAUUUAUUCAAUAGAAAAUUUAAUUAAGGUGGUCAUUUAAAAUUUAUGUGUAAAAUUUGGAAACCAAAGUAAGCUAUGAUUUAUUAUGUUUCACUGUUCAGUGCUGGUAAUUCUCUUGUAAAUCACAAACACACCAGCUUAUUGCUAAGUAUCCUUAUAUUUUUUAGUGUUAUCUUAUUGUUAUAUUAUCUACAACCAUUUCUGACACAUCAUAGAUCAAAGUAGCUUCUAUGUGUCAUCAUCAUUCAUAAUUGGCACAAUUAAUGAAGAUUAUUUAUUUUUAUAGUCCUAAUUAAUUUUAGAGGCUCUUUAAUUCCGUUCUCUCCUUAAUGACUACAUGGAUUAGAAAUGAGCCCUGCUAUAAUAAUUAAGGUACUUCCAGUUCCAAUGGCUAGGCCAAGAAACAGGAUAAGUCAGCACAGUUUUGUGACACGUUUAGUAGAAGAAAAUAGACCGAGAUGUAGAACAAGGCAGUGGUCUCAUGUUCCCAAUCAGCACUCGUGAACUAACUCAGAAACUUACUGGUUUUUUCCUGCACUACAUUGUGUAGCAUCUCAAUGUAUGUUAGGCUUUAACAUUGGUACAAUAACUAUGCAGAAAGAAAAAAAUCAGAUCUGAACUAUUAUUUAUCAUAUACUCUACAGAUCAAACUUGAACUUGAAUAUAUUUUGUAUUAAUAGAGAAUUUAUAAAAUUAUGAGUCUUACGAUAGAACUUCAACCAAAAUAAAUCAUAGAGAAUGUUUUCUAUAAGUUUUUUUGAUUAAUAGAAUUAUUUUUUCAAUAGAAUUAAUUAGUUUUAUUAUUAUCAGUGAAUUAUGUAAAAAUAAAAUAUGAAAUUUUUCAACUUUAUAAGAAUAAUAUAAUCAAACUGUAUAUAUAUCUGUCUUUUGUAAAUGUAGAUAAUGUUGUUUGUUUUUUUUUGUUUGUUUUUUUGCCUGUCUUUAGUUUUAGUUUCUAACUUAGCGUUCAUUAAAAUAUCAUUGGGACAAAACGCUUCUAUAUAGCAAUAUCACAAUAAAAUAGUUAGAUAUAAUAACUUCUUAGAUUUGUACAUAUAAAUAGGAUGAUAUAUUAUUAUAAGAUUUGUUGUAAUUUUAAAAAAGUGUUACAGGCUAUAAAUCUUAUUUUUAAAUGAGUACAAUGCCGUAUAGCUUGAUCUCAAGCACUGAUAAAAGUUGUAUAUCAGUAGUGUAAUAUAUAUUAAAUAUUAGAUACAAAAAAAGUUAAGAAAAGAUAAAUUGUUAAAUAAAUGUUUAUAUAAGAUCUUUACUAUCUAAUGAAUUACUUAUAUUUUCUAAAUAAAUAAAAAAAUAACGUAAAUACUAAGCCUAUUUACCUAUCAUAGUUUUUUACAAUUUAUUUUGUAUCACUUGUUGAAUAUACAAAAGAAAUACCUAUCCUACUUACCACUAACAUUAGGAUAUGUGAACUAUUCAUUUAUAUUCACUUUGUUUGCUCUUUCCAAAAGUUAUGAGCAACAAUGAGAUGUGUGUAGAUAUGUAUAAUGCUCAUAUAAGAACUGAGGUGGUCUAAAAUAUGUGUAAAUAUUUCAGAAAGAAAUGUGAAAAUAUAUUGUAAUUAUGAAUAGGAAACUGUAAAGGGUAUAAAUAAAGAGAGAAAUAAACGCGAUUAUGUAAUUUCAUUUCCCGUUUUUUUCUUAUUGCUGUGAAAGUAAGAAAACAAAUUUUAUAUCAUUAGGUGUUGUUAUUUAUUGUGAUAAUUUUCUGAAUCUUCACUUCAACAUGUAAAUAGCUCUACUAAAUGUAAUUUGUAUAAUACAUGUUUCAAUCUUGUACAAUAAAAUAAUG